AUGAUUAGAAUCGGAUUAGUUCUAUUUUCUAGGGAAAUAAAGUUAACCGAGUCACAGCUUACCUUAAAGAAUAAGCUGGACAAGUUAAGUAAUGUCCUCAACAAUUCGAGGGAUAAAUCAAUUUUUCCCCUUCAUAAAUCGAGGGAUAGAUCAAUUUUUUCCUUUCAUAAGGCUAGGGAUUUAGUGCCCAGAGGUGUGUAUAUCUACGGAGGUGUAGGUCAGGGGAAAACUAUGCUAAUGGAUUCAUUCUACGAUACGCUGAAAAUUCCUAAAAACAGAAUCCACUUCCACGAAUUCAUGAUACAAAUUCAACAGAAAUUACACCACAUCAAAACUCAUCACACGAGCAACACUAAUUCUACUGUGAAAUCCAGUCACAUUACCAAUAACACAACCAAUGGUGUGGGUAGUGGUGUGAAAAAUGUGAUGGAAUUGGUGUGUGACGAGAUAGUGAAGAAUUACAAGUUACUUUGUCUGGAUGAGUUCCACGUCACGCAUAUCUCAGACGCCAUGAUCCUCAAGGAACUAUUCACCACACUUUUCAACAAGGGUUUGGUGUUGGUGUGUACGAGUAACAGAGCGCCUGAGGAGUUGUAUAAGAACGGACUUAACCGCGAUCGAUUCCUGCCAUUCAUACCAAUUCUAUACCAAUACUGCGAUGUGUAUCACCUGGAUACUGAGAAUUUCCGGCAAAAACAGAAUAACUCAGGGGUAACCAGUCUUACUGACGGUGACAAUGAGGACAAUUCUGUUUACAAUGAUAUAUUCUGUAUGAACAAGGACAUGGAAUAUUUUAUUACUAAAUAUGCAAAUGGUGUAAAAAUAGACAAAUCGGAUGUAAGGGAAAGGUGGAUCCAGGUAACACCGUUGAGAAGGGUUAGGAUCCCACUAACACAUGGGAAAGUAGCGUUCUUGACCUUUUCUGACCUGUUUCCCAAUAAUUCAUUUAUCGGAAUUGAUGCACUGAUUAAACUCAGUGAAGAGUUUAACACCUUCGUCAUGACCGAGAUACCAGAAUUCAACGCUAACCUACGCUACAACAAUAAACUUAAAAUCUUCAUACAAUUCAUCGACAUUCUAUACGAAAAAAACUUGAAAUUGGUUUUAUCUACGAGUAAGCCGUUAAUUUACAUUUUCGGGUCAUACGGGAUCAUCAAGUUGUUUGACCAGUUUUACCACAAAGUCAAGUCAACCAAACUAGAUAAACAACAGUUUAAUGUUGAUGAUUUCAUAGAGUUAAACAAACUUGACACUACUAAAAGUGAUUCGGUGAAGUUAUUUGAGGCUAUGCUAUUACCGAAUGAAAGGGUAUUAACUACCCAAAGAUUAUCAAGUAUUAUUAAUACUCACGAACAGCUGAUCAACGGAUCACAACCAAAACAAUUCAUACUAUACAAAUUCGAUACUAAUGAUGAGGAAGCGGAUGAGGAAGAGUUUCAGUGUUCGAGAACGCUUUCAAGACUUUUCCACAUGUCAACACAAGAUUACUUAUCCAAAUGUUAAUUCUAAUACUAAUUAAUGUAGCUACACUAUAG